UAACUGUCUUGCGGCCUUUUUUUAAGAUGAGGGCUGAUGAUUACACGCACAUCUGCACAAACUGAAUCCCCACAGCUGUAUCAAUACAAUGCAUGUACAUGUUUGCUGCGAGCAUACUUGUCUGAACCAAAGUGUCCAUGUGGCGGAAGCGUGGGUUGCGUCAAAAGCACGGCUCUGGUUCCCGGUUGGUAAAUAAGGUUUGACCUCAUGGAGGAGACAUACUGGAUUAAACGUUGCCUGCAGCAGCAACAACAGGAGGAGGGCGGCCAGACACCCACCUGCAAAAAAAAAAGAAAGACCCCCCCCCUUGCACGUGAACGUGCUGUUGAACACUGUUUAUGCUAAUGAGAUAGGGGGGUUUGUUUUAGUUGGACUCACGCGCGCCGCUGACCUCGGCUCACUAGAGUAACAAGAGAAACAAGCGGAGACAACAGCUACUGUCCAUCAUGGCCGGUGAUAUGAUGUCGCUGGUGCGAGGCUUGGCCAAGUUGAGCAAGGCGGUCGUGGAGACUCAGGGCAGCACCCUGCGCAGUGGAGCCGGGCUCCCGGUAGUUGGCGCUGCCUUCCAAAGCGUCCAAUCGGCUGCUGAGCAAGGCCUCUCCGCCGCUAUGACGACGAUGCAGGGGCUGACUGGCCAGCAGCAGACGUCUUCAUCAGAGGCCGACUACGACUUCCCCGAGGACGACGGUGCAUUCGCCGCGUCGGAGUUCAAGGAGGAUGGUGUGGACUUUGCGGGGGAUCCAAUGGGAAGUGGUGACGAUUUCGCGGCCCAUGCAGGAGCAGCAGCAGCGAGCCACGGCGGCGGCAAGCGGCUGUUUGAGGGCUACAAAGACCCGAGCAAACAGUUCAGUGGACACACCAGAUCUCACCACCAAGACGCCAGACACUUCUACAACCGCAGUCUGAACAGGCAUUUCUGGGGACAGCUGUACUGUCGGCAUCAAGUCAGUCAGCUCAGGAGCUACCAUCAGGACCCGUCCACGGUCGGAGGGCUCACCGCCGAAGACAUUGAGAAAGCACGACAGGGCAAGAAGGUUGAGAUCAAGUCACACAAACAGAUGUUGAGCGACAGAGCCAGAGAGAGGAAAGUGCCAGUUACUCGGCUCAGCAGACUGGCCAACUUCGGAGGUCUAGCUGUCGGUUUGGGGAUUGGAGCCCUGGCAGAAGUUGCUAAGAAGACCAUGAGACACAAUGGUACAGCAGGCAACGAUAAGAAAGGCGUCCUGGACUCCAGCCCCUUCCUGUCCGAGGCCAACGCCGAGCGCAUCGUCAGAACCUUGUGCAAAGUCAGAGGAGCCGCCUUGAAGCUGGGACAGAUGCUCAGCAUUCAAGAUGAUGCAUUCAUCAACCCUCAACUCGCCAAGAUCUUUGAGCGCGUCAGACAGAGUGCUGACUUCAUGCCGAUCAAGCAAAUGACAAAAGCGCUGAACAGCGACUUGGGUCCGAACUGGAGAGACAAGCUGGAGUCGUUCGAGGAGCGUCCGUUUGCAGCCGCGUCCAUCGGCCAAGUUCACCUGGCGAGGAUGAAGGACGGCCGGGAGGUGGCCAUGAAAAUACAGUACCCCGGCGUGGCUCAGAGUAUCAACAGCGACGUCAACAACUUGAUGACGGUGCUGAGUAUCAGCAAUGCCUUGCCCGAAGGUCUGUUUCCAGAGCACCUGAUCGACGUGAUGAGGAAAGAGCUCGCGCUCGAGUGCGACUACAUUCGAGAGGCCAAGUGUGCCAAGAAGUUCAAGGAGCUAUUGAAGGACCAUCCCUUCUUCUAUGUGCCAGAGGUGAUAGACGAGCUGUGCGGCAGCCAUGUCCUGACCACGGAGCUCGUCCCCGGGUUCCCCCUCGACCAGGCUGAGAGCCUCACGCAGGACCUGAAGAACGAGAUCUGCCACAACAUCUUGUUACUGUGCCUCAGAGAGCUGUUUGAGUUCAGGUUCAUGCAGACUGACCCGAACUGGUCCAACUUCUUCUACGAUCCACAGACGCACAGGGUGGCGCUGUUGGACUUCGGAGCCACGAGGGGAUUCGAUAAGAGUUUCACAGACCUCUACAUAGAGGUCAUCCGUUCAGCCGUCGAGGGCGACAGAGAGGGAGUCCUGAAGAAAUCUAUCCACAUGAAGUUCCUGACCGGAUACGAGUCCAAGGCGAUGAUGAGCGCCCACGUGGACGCGGUGAUGAUCCUCGGCGAGGCCUUCGCCUCCGCGGACAACUUUGAAUUCGGCUCCCAGUCCACCACGCAGAGAAUCCACAACCUCAUCCCCGUGAUGCUCAAACACCGGCUCACGCCGCCGCCCGAGGAGACGUACUCGCUCCACCGCAAGAUGGGCGGCUCGUUCCUCAUCUGCGCCCGGCUGAACGCGCAGCUGCAGUGCAAGGACAUGUUCCACACGGCGUAUCAGAAGUACUGGGAGGGCCGCACGCCGCCCUCUGACUCGGCCUGAGCCAAUCCCCGGCUGGCAGGCGGUUUUGGUGGACAGAUCCUUGAGAGGGGGGGGGGGGGGCCAACGGCGAGGUGCGCGUCGUGAAGCUGCAGAGCGGAGGCCAUCUUACCUGCACUUUUCUGUCCCACUACCAUGAGCUUUUGACAGGCACUUAAUAAUAACUACAGCCAUCAUCUCUUUGUUUUUCACGCGGCGUCUGGAGAGCUCCGAGCCCCGGACUCCCCCCCCCCCCCCCCGAGAUGACGGAGAUGACUUGAGGUGGAUGCAAGGGACAAAGUAGUAGUUGAGGGUGUAAAAACGAAUGUAAGCCGGUUGGAAUUUGAUCUCUUCGCUGAUGUUUUCAAGAUGAUUCUUGCGAUUUUUGCUUUGCUGUGUUUUGUUGUUUUGGGGGGGGAGGGGAUGUAUUAAGCAAGAGGACUGAACUCUUAAAUGUAAACCGGCAGUCAUAUGGUCAGUGUGAGCCACCGUAGAGGCCAGGACCAACACAGCUGGGAGGUUUGAAAUAAAUGAGAGCUAAAUUCUUUUUGUCGAGAUGUGGCCCAGUUUAGGUCGAUGUAUUAAUUUGUGUACUGGAAUUUGUCAGCAUUCGCACACACACACACACACACACACACACACACAAGAAAGGCUGACUUUUUAACUUGUGUAUUUACUGUAUCGGUGUAAUCUUUCAGAUUUCUCUUGCUGUUUUUUUGACUUUUAGCUUUUUUUUUAGGGAGACUUGUAUGAUCGAUAUGUUUUUAACCAUCCUCGGGUUAAAGAGCGAUUUUUACCAAGUUUGUAUAGAGCGUCUGCUGUAGAUUUGUUUGCUGUAACUUUGUCCAUCAUGAAUUCCAGUUGAUUACCAGCAUGUUGGCAUAAAUAUAUACAUAUAUAUAUUUUUUUUUUUUGUUUAGUUCCAAAGCAUUUAUCUCUUAAAAAAUAAAAUCUGGAAGUGAAGCCACAUGAAUCCAUGUUGUAAUAAAAGCCGAGAUGAAAGAAGCUCCUCCUGGUAUGGCACCGGCUCGGCUCGUGGGCUCCCUCGAGUCGGUAAUCUCUCCACGCCUCCAGCGGGUGUGAAAUCCUCUGUCUCCCUGGCUGAUGUGCGACUGUGAAAACCUUCCCUCUCCUCUGCCUAGUGAAUACAGUCAUAAACUAUAACUGUGUUCACUCUGCGGUUAUAAUAACGGUCUCUGGUGCGAAGCUGGAAGGAUAAAACAAGGUGCCUGUCUUCUCCAGUGGAAGGCUUUUGUCUUUAAAUAUAUCAACUUUAUACUUCACAUCAAGUUUUAAAUGUCCUAAUCGAACUGAAUGUUGUGAUCCAGAGAUAUUGAAUGAAGAGAGUAAAUGUUUGAUCUCA